AUGGCUACUGCAGACUUCAGAAAGGAUGUUAUGCCGGUUCGCCCUAGAAGUGUAUAUACAGCACAUUCAUAUAACCAGGAGGAGUCAAAUGUAUCUGCGUUCCAAGACUACAGCAAGUUUCUUGAGGGUGGUCUUGGCCAAGCAGAAUUAGUUGGUGCGACUGCCUGGCAGCCCCCGUGGCGCGCGCCUUUACAGCGGAAAGCGCCUUUUUAUCCCGGGGAUGACAUCUACCAUGCUGACACCUGGAGAGAACUGGAGGUAACGGAUGUGGUAGGAGGCGCCGGGUACAAUGCGUCUGUCACACCGCACGGCACUAUCUGUCUACGUCUGAGAGACCGCGUCAAGGUGGAUAUGACAAUCGAUGGCGCAGUGCGAGUGACAAAUGCGAAGAACAACAUAAUAUUGGCUUUGUCCCGGUCCGGGGCUGCCGCGGCCCUCAUACACCCCAACGGGAGAGUGUAUCAUUAUGGGUCCCGCGUCGAGAUUCAAGCGCGCCACCAACAAGGGAAUAAUAAGUACGCCAAGAUGUGGUACAAGGGGGUUUCAUUCACCGCAGAGCAGUGCGCGUUAGUAUACCUAGUUGAUGCGGCUGGAACACGAACAACAACGGAUACUUUCCUUGACAUGAGCCAAGACUUUACCCUCAACGUAUUUUAUAACGAGUCUCGGCACGGCCCUUCUUACGUGAACGAGGCGCUUUCUCUGCUUCAAGCCGCCCAAUACUGGUUGACGGAUGAUGGAAUUGACAAUUGGAUCAUCAACAAUGUUCGCGUCAGCCAGACCGCUGAUGGUCUUGUCAGAAUUCAUCGCUGCAGCCACAAGUACCAGCUGCGAACGAGUCCCACUAACGGAUCAGCGUCAAUAACGAGCCCUUUUCUCCACUGCACAGCAUCAUUGGGCCAGACGCAGCAUUUGUUUGUGCGACGCGGCGAAAGGCGAAUGCAUUUCGAUGGAAACUCUUUUAUCGUUCGCAACGCUGGCCAUUCAGCCGGCUUCGAUGACAAGAAUCAACUGAAGGUGUACUGA